AUGCGUGUCCUGUCACUCCUCUCAGUUGCCACCUUUGCUGUGGCCAGUCCUCUGAGCGUUGAGGACUACGCCAAGGCUCUCGAUGAAAGAGCUGUUGCUGUCUCCAACGGUGACUUUGGCAACUUCAAGUUCUACAUCCAGCACGGUGCUGCCUCAUACUGCAACUCCAACGCCGCGGCUGGUGCAAAGAUCACCUGUGGAAACAAUGGCUGUCCAACAGUCCAGUCCAACGGUGCUACUAUCGUGGCAUCCUUCACUGGUUCUAAGACUGGUAUUGGCGGCUACGUUUCGACCGACUCUUCACGAAAGGAAAUCGUCCUAUCCGUUCGAGGAAGCAUAAACAUUCGAAACUGGCUCACCAACCUCGACUUCGGCCAGGAGGACUGCAGCUUGACCUCAGGUUGUGGUGUACACAGCGGUUUCCAGAAUGCAUGGAAAGAGAUUUCUGCCGCAGCAACCGCUGCUGUUGCAAAGGCCCGCAAGGCGAACCCUUCGUUCAAAGUCAUUGCCACAGGUCACUCACUAGGUGGUGCCGUCGCUACACUAGGCGCUGCAAACCUUCGAGUUGGUGGAACACCCGUUGACAUCUACACCUACGGCUCCCCCCGAGUUGGAAACUCCCAGCUCGCUGGUUUCAUCUCGAACCAAGCUGGUGGAGAGUUCCGCGUUACCAAUGCCAAGGACCCUGUUCCCAGACUUCCUCCUCUGGUCUUUGGAUACCGCCACACAUCCCCCGAGUACUGGCUGUCUGGUGCGGGAGGCAACAAGGUUGACUACACCAUCAAUGACAUCAAGGUCUGCGAGGGUAGUGCUAACCUCAAGUGCAACGGUGGAACCCUUGGAUUGGAUAUCGAUGCUCACCUGCACUACUUGCAGGAGACUGAUGCUUGCUCUGGUGGUGGUAUCUCUUGGAGAAGCCGAAGAUACAGAAGCGCCAAGCGUGAGGACAUCUCUGAGAGGGCUGCUCCUAUGACCGAUGCUGAGCUUGAGAAGAAGCUCAACAACUAUGUCGAGAUGGAUAAGGAGUAUGUCAAGAACAACGCCGCACGCACGUCAUAG